CACAGUUCUGCUUCUCAGUUUUAGACGGCGAAAUGGCGAACCGGAAAAGAAGGAGAGAUAUCCUGUAGAGUUGCAUAGCGGUGAAGUAUGCGUCAGCAAAAAUGAGCGCGAGAAUUAUGAUGAAGGAGCGGACAUGGGCGGCGAGGGGAAGAAAGAUAGGGGGAGAAGUGGCGAGCGAGCAGGAAGAGAAUAGGGAGGAGGACGCGGAUGUUGCAUGCCGGACACCAUUGCCCGGUCAGCAAGGACCGCGGUCUCGGAUAAAGGUAGCUGGUAUCGCGGCAACCCGACCAAUUUUGCUCUUGCGGGCAACCUUCGACAUCCGUCUCGCACGAAAGAGGGCGAAGGGGGGGAAAAAGGAUAUGGAGGCAGAGCAAAGAAAAAUUGCGAAUCCUGGCCGGAGAUCUAGGAAUCCUCGCCAACGCCGCCGCUGCCGCCGCCCUCUUCUGCUUCUCGAAUACCGCGUCGUCUUUCCUCCGAGAAUCGCCCGCCGGACUCCUUGUCUGCUCCCUUCUUUGUCCGCACCGCCCACUCCCCCUUUCGUUUCCCAAAAAUACCUCAUUUCACGAGGCCCCACCGGACAAGAAACCCGUUCCCCUUUUUUCAUGGUGUAGCUCCAAAUCUGACUCACCUGCAAGAGGGUGCAAGAGGACAAAGAGAUAAUCUAAAGGACGGAGUGAUGCGUGAGCUGGCCAAAGCGGUCAGAUUCGCCCCUGGAACCGUUGACAGCGUG